AUGGAGAGAGCCAUCUGCUUUGCUGCUCCUGGUCCUAAUGUGUUCCUGGUUGUGAUUCAGGCCAACAGAUUCACAAAAGAAGAUCAAGAAACAGUGAAAAUUGUUCAGAACAUGUUUGGAAAAAGGUCAGCUUGUUCCACAUUAGUCUUGUUCACCCAUGGAGAUGACCUGAAGUUAGAUGGAGACACCAUAAAAAAAUUAAUCAGUAAAAAUCCAGCUCUCAGUGGCUUCAUCAGUCAGUGUGGUGGAGGAUACCAUGUCUUUAACAACAGAGACACGGAUCCCUCUCAGGUCAGAGAGCUGCUGGAGAAAGUCAACAUCAUGGUUCAGAGAAAUGCAGGAAGAUUCUUCACAGUUGAAAUGUUCAGAGAUGCUUACCUCAGGAUUGUUCUUGUUGGGAAAACUGGAGUUGGUAAGAGUGCAUCAGGAAGCACCAUCUUAGGAGAAAAAGCUUUUAAAUCCUCAGCAGGUUUUUCUGUAGUAACGUCAAAGUGUCAGAAGAAACCAGGUCUGUUUGAUGGUCAAAAACUGGCUGUAAUUGAUACUCCAGGUUUAUUUGACACCAGAAAAACUGAAGAGGAGGUGAAGGAAGAGAUCAGUCGCUGCAUCUGCCUUGCUGCUCCUGGUCCUCAUGUGUUCCUGGUUGUAAUUCAGGCCAACAGAUUCACAGAAGAAGAACAAAAAACUGUCAAAAUCAUCCAGAACAUGUUUGGAGAACAGUCAGCACGUUACACUAUGGUCUUGUUCACCUGUGGAGACAAUCUUGAGAGAGAUGAAGUCACCAUAAAAAACUUGAUCCAUGAUCAUGAAACUCUCUCUGACUUCAUCAGUCAGUGCGGUGGAGGAUAUCAUGUCUUUAACAACAGAAACAAGAAUCCCUCUCAGGUCAGAGAGCUGCUGGAGAAGAUCAACACAAUGAUUGCGAGAAAUAGAGGAGGAUGCUACACUAUUGAAAUGUUCAGAAAAGCUCAGAGAGCCAUGAAAAAACCAGAAGCCGACCUCAGGAUUGUUCUUGUUGGGAAAACCAGAGUUGGGAAGAGUGCAGCAGGAAACAUCAUCUUAAGGGGAAAAGUAUUUAGAUCAACAGACUUUUCUUCCUCUGAAACAUCAGAGUGUCAGAAGGAAACAUGUCUGUUUGAAGGUCAAACAGUGGCUAUAAUUGAUAGUCCAGGUCUAUACAAAACUAAACUAACUGAAGAGGAGGUGAAGAGUGAGAUUUUUAGAUGCAUCUCCUUUGCUGCUCCUGGUCCUCAUGUGUUCCUGGUUGUGAUCCAACUAAACAGAUUCACCAAAGAAGAACAAAAAACUGUGAAAAUCAUUCAGAAGAUAUUUGGUGAACAACCAGCUGAUUACACAAUGGCCUUGGUAAUCCAUGAAGAUGAUGAGAAUAAAGACACCAUAGAAGAAGCAAUCAAACAUCCAGAUCUCAAAGACUUUAUCAGUCAGUGCCGUGGAGGAUAUCAUGUUUUUAACAGCAGAAACAAGAAUCCCUCUGAGGUGCUGAAGGAAAUCAACAAUCUGACUGAAAGAAAAGGAGGAUGCUACACCACCAAUAUGUUUGAAGAGGCAGAGAAAGCCAUAAAAACAGAGAUGGAACGACUUCAGAAAGAAAAGCCAGAGAUGACGGCCAAAGAAGCAAGAUACAAAGCUGAAAGAAGGAACGAGGUUACUCAGGGGAAAUGGGAUGCCAUUAUUGGUGGAACUGCUGCAAAAGUUAGUGCUGGAGUUGCUACUGCUGUUGGUGCUGCAGUUAGUGUUGGAGUUGGUGUUGGAUAUUUUGCUCAAGGAGUGAAAGACAGCUCUCUGGUCUUGGCAAUAGUGGAUGUUGGAGUCUGA